UUUUGCAUUUUCGGAGAGCGCGUUUAAUAAAACUCAACGAGCGUUUUUAAAUACGCUGUUCAACAUUUUCCGGGUGAACCUCGUCCUGAAAUGGGGAUGGAGAUGAGACAGGAUUAACGAGUGGGGUACGACGUGGUUGCUGAUCCAUGAAGAGUUGCUCUUAAGAAAUCGGAGAUUAUGAAAAGGAAAAGGACAAAAAGGAGGAACCUUUUUUACCGGUUUCAGUUGGGCUGUUCGUAUGCAUCGAGGACAAAUGGCUGGUUGAUCGCUCUCCGCUUCACUCUUCAGUGUCUUCGAAAAGCCCUGCAAAACCACCCGUCACAGACACACAAUCAUGAGAAUGCUGCAACUGCGAGCACUCGUCUUCAACCUCCGUGGCGCACGGCUUCCAUCGAGCCACCCCACGACGCCAUUCGGCCCGUUCAACUCCUUCAUGCAGAGGAGAUGGCGAAAACCACUCGUCACCGCCCAGACUCGCUUAGAAGGCCGAACCAGAGACCCCAAGCUCGACAAGCUCGCGACCCACCUCGCGACCCUCAAGACCGUCAUCAGUCUCCUCGCCCUUAUGUCCGCCCGCAGGAGAGGCCCCUACGUCUCGCUCCAGCUCAUGUCUCGCUGGAGGGGCCUCGUCGGACUCAACGUCGCCGUCAGGGCCUUCGUCCGCAAGCACCCCCACGUGUUCGAGGUAUUUACUCACCCGCUCCACAGGAACUUAUGUUGCAGAAUUAGGCGUCGAAUGAAGGAACUGGUUAAGGAAGAGGAGGGUGUUGUUAAACGUAUGGAAUUAGAGUCCGUGAAGAGAGUGAAGAAGCUGUUGAUGAUGUCGGUUAAUGGGAGAGUUCACGUGCACGCAUUGAGGUUGAUUAGGAGGGAAUUGGGUCUACCGGAGGAGUUCCGAGAGUCGAUCCUUGUCAAGUACUCGCAGGAUUUCAGGCUUAUUGAUUUGGAGGUUGUGGAAUUGGUGGAGAGGGAUGAGGAUUUGGGUGUCGCUGAGAUUGAGAAGUGGAGAGAGAAGGAGUAUACAGAGAAAUGGUUGAGUGAGUUCGAAACUAGGUUCGCCUUUCCAAUUAAUUUCCCUACUGGUUUCAAGAUCGAGGGAGGAUUUAGACAGAAGAUGAAGAAUUGGCAGAGGCUUCCAUAUGUGAGGCCAUAUGAGAGGAAAGAAAUCGUAAAAGUGCGCACUUUUGGUGGUGUAGAGCGAUUUGAGAAGCGGGCAGUUGCAAUUAUUCAUGAAUUGUUGAGCUUAACUGUGGAGAAGAUGGUGGAGGUGGAAAGAUUAGUUCAUUUCAGGAACGACUUUGGUAUGGAAGUUAACAUGCGUGAGUUACUCCUGAAGCACCCGGGAAUUUUCUAUAUAUCUACUAAAGGAAGCUCUCAGACUGUCUUUCUCAGAGAAGCCUAUAGCAAAGGGUGUUUGCUCGAGCCAAAUCCCAUCUAUGCUGUUCGCAGGAAAAUGCUGGAGCUCCUUCUGUUAAGACGCUGGAACACUAAGGUAUUAUCAGUUAUUGAGGAGGACAAUUUGGUUUAUACUGUAGAUGAAGGGCAUAAAAGAGAGGGAGAUUGGGUAGUUUCCAUAUUAGAUGGUUUGGAAGGUCACGGAUUUGAGAGAUGAUCUGAUUGCCAAUGUUUACCUCAAAAGAUGAUAUUUCUGGAGAUGAAAUUGAAGUGGACAGCUUGAUGCAUGUGGUGGAAUGAUGAAGUUGCAGUCCAUGGUUCAGACACAUGCUUUCAAUAGAGAUGAGUUGCUUAAUAAUUUCGUUUCACUGGAUGUUAAGAUGAUUGGGAUUUACUCAGAUAAAGUUGAAAUACGGGCUGAAGUAGUCAUUCCAUGGUCUUUUAACUGCUGGUAGAGGACAUUAUUGUCCCUUGUUUACCCACUCUUUGAAAACCAAACUAGACCGGCUGGUUCAGCUAGGUACAGGAGCCUGGUCUAGUCCUGUUCUACUAUGAAAUCACCCAGACAUCUACAUCGAACCAGUCAAAACAGGAUGUUGGUCAAACUGUUGAACACUGGGAACUGGUUCUGGAUCUGGGAGAUGUACAAAUUGAGAAUAUGGGUACAGGUCAAGGGGUUGUACCCCUGACCUGUUUGACACUGCACAAAUGUUCAGCCAACUGAGUUCUGUGCCUUUGUUCAUUUACCAAGAUUAAAUAGUUAUUUAAGCACUGCCUUUGUGGGGGAGAGAAUGUAAAAUUGCCAGAGAGGCGAUUUGAACUCAUGACCACAAGCUUCAUGUCAAACACCCCUACCAUCCUCGACUGGGGAUCAGUCGGCUUUGAGCAUAAUAUUUAGUAUUGAGUUAUCUUAAUAAGCCAGAUGGAUCAUUCUGUUAAACUGGCAUGCCAAGGACUCAUUUAGUUUAGUCUUCAUUGUGGUUUAAGAAACAUUGCUAUUAACUUAAAAGCAGUGUGUUACACCAGCGUGGAAAGGUGAUUCAGUUUUGCUGUAUAUUUGCUGAAUGGGUUACAUAGCUUGGGGCGCUAAAGCAGAAAAGAUGUGUUCAAUUAAGAUGUCUCAAGCGUCUGCCUUUGUUUGGUCUGUGGUGUAAGAUUUCUUUCUAUCCAUUUGGUAGUGUUCUAAGCUUCAAGCUAUGGAAUUCAUGCAUUUCGAUUUCUGAUGUUGCCAACCCGACAACUUUUUGUGUUCCUAAUUUUCACUUCACGUCGGUCCAUUUUCAGUAUUGUCUGAUGUUCUUUUGAGUGGAAAAGGUGACAUUACUAUCUCUGCUCCGGGGUAUGCUGAGGUUGAGCUUCUAGCAUGUAGGAAUACAAAGACCGGCAACCUUCAGGAAAAAUGCUGCUUUAUCUACGUGCCUUUGCCUUUU